AUGUGGUACAUACAUGAAAACAACUCCCUGUCGAAAGGUACAGUAGAGCACUGUUCGUGUGUCUUGACCAUUGGACCUUCAAUAAAUACACGGAGGCUUACAUUAGGUUUUGUUCCACCGACGCUGAUUUAUCUAGAGAGAGAGAGAGCCUGUGUGCUUCGACGCCGGUCGGUGGGUAGCUGUGUGAGUCAGUCUGGCCGGGAUCUGACGCCGAUAUCGCCGGAAAACAUGUCUUCCGGCAGGUACAUGGCGUACUCACCCUCGCCCUCCGCUCCUCACUCUCCUCACCUCGGCGGCCUUCUCUCCGCCUCCACCGCCAUCGUUGAGCAAGAAAAGUAUCUCUCUGAGUUAUUGGCAGAGCGUCACAAACUCAGUCCAUUUGUGCCUGUGCUUUCUCAUAUCUAUCGGUUGCUGAAUCAGGUUUUAGAUCAAAGUGGGCUUGAACAUGCUAGCCCCCUGGCUUCAGGAGGACUAUUUUCAAAUGGAGGAGCUAAUGUGAACAGAUGGGCUGCACAGUUUCAUUCAGAAAUCUCAGGUUUGAGGCAGCCCUCAUCUGCGCAAAACUGGCUUGGUUCUCAAGGUAGCUCCUCUGGUCUUAUAGUGAAAAGAACGAUCAGGGUUGAUAUUCCAGUGGACCAAUUUCCUAAUUUUAAUUUCGUUGGGCGCCUCCUUGGUCCUAGAGGGAAUUCUCUCAAGCGCGUGGAAGCUAGUACCGAGUGCCGUGUUCUGAUCAGAGGACAUGGUAGUAUCAAGGAUCCUGCCAAGGAAGAGAUGAUGAGAGGAAAACCAGGGUAUGAGCACCUGAAUGAACCCCUUCAUGUACUUGUUGAGGCAGAAUUGCCGGUUGAGAUAGUGGAUGCUCGUCUAAUGCAAGCUCGUGAGAUACUCGAGGAUUUGCUCAAGCCCAUGGAUGAAUUUCAGGAUUUUUAUAAGAAACAGCAGCUACGGGAGCUUGCAAUGCUCAAUGGUACAUUCCGUGAGGAAGGUUCACAAAUGUCUGGUUCUGUGUCCCCCUUCCACAAUAACCUUGGUAUGAAGAGGGCCAAGACUAGGGUGUGA